UUAGCACUUCUUCAUAAUAACCAGCAUGCUCUUUUAGCCAAUGGUGGGCAUUUCCCCGAAGGUUUAUCAUCUCCACAACAAGUUAUUUGGCAUACUCGUCCCAAAAUUCCUUUUUCUCAUCUAAAGAAACUACGAACUAGCAAAAAUUUUGGUACUCGUACAUCAGUAGAUAAGCCUAUUUUUGAAAAUCAUACGCCAAGAGAAGAGUUGGCAAUUUUUUUAGGCGGGGAUGAGUUGAAUUUUUUGGAGUCAAAGGCACAUCCUGAAAGGGGAUAG